GAUUUAUAUUUGUGAUUUUGCCUGACGCGUUCUUCUUUUCUUCAUGAGCGUGUUUAUUAUUUUCCACGAGUUACCUAUCUAGUCGUUUCUAUAUUUAAUUUUGUCAUAAUUAUUAAGCACCUAUACAAAUACUAAACACUGAUUGAAGCUUUGACAUAAGUAUUAACGGCAUAUAAUGCCGUCGAUAGACGUGAUGGGCCCUCCGGGGCAAAGCCCUGAGCUUGCGUCAGAGGAGCCCCCACCGCCGCCGGCUCCGGUCAUUGGGAUUAUAUAUCCCCCACCUGAAGUCAGGAACAUUGUCGACAAGACCGCCAGCUUUGUUGCUCGCAAUGGGCCAGAAUUCGAAGCCCGUAUCAGGCAAAAUGAGCUUGGAAAUCCCAAGUUUAAUUUCUUGAACUCUGGAGACCCAUACCAUGCCUACUAUCAGCACAAAGUCAAGGAAAUCAGGGAAGGGAAGGGCACAGAGCCGGUGGCCGCGCCCGCCGCCGGCCUGGCGCGGCCGAUGCUGGCGCCCGCCACCGCCGCGCGCCAGCAGGAGCUGCUCAAGGCCGCCGUCCCCGCCGAGCCGCCGCCGCCGCGCGACCCACCACCAGACUUCGAGUUCAUCGCCGAUCCCCCCUCCAUAUCUGCUCUAGAACUAGAUAUUGUCAAACUCACAGCACAGUUUGUUGCCCGAAAUGGCCGUCAAUUCCUCACAGAUUUAAUGAAGAAGGAAGAGCGCAACCAUCAGUUCGAUUUCCUACGUCCCCAGCAUUCUCUAUUCCAAUACUUCACAAGACUCCUAGAGCAGUAUACUAAAGUUCUUUUGCCACCAAAGGAAUUGGUCGCUAAACUGUCUUCAGAAGUCAGGAAUGGAGUGUUGGACCAGGCCCGCAGCCGUGCCGCUUGGCAUUCGUAUCAGGUGCGACGGAAAGUGGCUGAUGAGGCGAGGAUUGAGAAGGAGCGUUUGGCUUAUGCUUCUAUUGAUUGGCAUGACUUUGUUGUGGUGGAAACUGUCGAUUACCCGGCUGGGGAGCCGGGAGAUUUCCCGCCACCAACGACUCCUUUAGAGGUUGGCGCUCGGGUGUUGGCUCAAGAGCGUGGGGACGACGGCGGACAUCAAGAUGACGAUGACACAGAAAUGCAGAUCGAGUCAGAGUCGGAAUCCGAGUCGGAUGAUGACGACCUGGACGAGAUGGAAGACAGGACACAACAGCAGCAGCGCCCGGAUGAUAACCGCGUGCAGGAUAUGGAAGAAGAAAGCUCAUCCUCGGAAGACGAAGGUCCUCCGGAGCCGCCGCCGCCGCCGCGGGCGUCGGGCGAGGAGGCGCCGCAGCCGCCGCUGCCGCCGCGGCCCGACCGCGUGGUCGUCAAGAAGUACGACCCCAAGCGCGACCGGCCGCAGCCCGCGCCCGCCAGCGAGGAGUGGCUCGUGUCUCCCAUCACGGGGGAGAAGAUUCCCGCGAACAAAGUCGCGGAUCACGUCCGCAUCGGCCUGUUGGACCCGAGGUGGCUGGAGCAGAGGGACAGGGCUGCAGCAGAGCGCACGGAUAGGGACGAGGCGUUGGCCCCUGGUGCCGCUAUCGAGGCAUCGCUUAAACAGCUCGCAGAACGUCGUACGGAUAUCUUCGGUGUGGGAGAUGAGGAGACAGCUAUUGGUAAGAAGAUCGGAGAGGAGGAGAAGAGACGCGACGACCGCGUGACGUGGGACGGACACACGUCCAGCGUGGAGGCGGCCACUCGGGCUGCGCGUGCGCACAUCACGCUCGAGGACCAGAUACAGCAGAUACACAAGGUCAAAGGCCUCCUUCCCGACGAGGAGAAAGAGAAGAUCGGUCCUAAGCCGGUGGUGGGGGGCCCCUCCCGCGCUCCCCCCCGGCCGCCUCCGCCCGCGGCCGCGCGUCCGCUGCCCGCGCCUGCGCCGCCCCCCGUGCUGCUGCAGCCGCUGCCGCCGCUCAUGGUGCUGCCGCCGUUGGCUCCCAGACCACCAUUGAUACCGACGCCCACGUUCGGAUAUGCGGGCGCGGCGCCCCCGGCGCCCCCCAGCGUGGAGGAGGACGAGGCGCCGCCCAGCAAGCGCAUGCGCAGCGAGGACGCGCUGGAGCCCGACCACGUCUGGCUCAAGCGGCAUCCUGGCGCUGUGCAUCUGCAGGUGUCGCUGCCGCUGCAGCCGGAGCGGGGGGAGUGGCGGCUGGACGGACGCGCGCUGGCGCUGUCGCUGCCGCUGAGCACCGCCGUCGCCGACCUCAAGGCCAUGCUGCAGCGCUCCACCAACAUGCCCACCGCCAAGCAGAAGCUGCACUACGAGGGGCUGUUCUUCAAGGACACCAACAGCCUCGCGUACUACAACGUGCCGCCGGGCGCCGUCAUACAGCUGCAGGUCAAGGAGAGAGGGGGACGCAAGAAGUAGACAGACAGACAAACAUGCGGCACGUAUACACCGUAACCACUUAUUGUUAUGUAAGAAUUUGGUUCAUCAAAUGUUGUCAUUCGUUCUUAACGAGUGUGCUUUGCUAACACUGGUCAGAUUUUAUUUUAAGAACCUCUGACAUAACUUAUAUCUACCUACCGCCAUCUAGUGGCAAGUAUAUACACUAGUAAAUAGUCAACCAGUAUGCAGAUUUUCUCGCAAUUUGUUUUUCACCGGAAGCAACUGGGAAGGAACCGGAGGUAACAAUGUAUUGAUCAUUCAAUAAAACAUUGUGAUGA